AGACUUCUCCCGUUCUCCGUUGUUAGGGUGAGGACUGAGGAGUGAGGACUUAGGGUUUGUGCGCCGGCGCCGCCCGAGCUCUAUUCCCUCCCUCAGCGUCCCUCUCGAGUGUCUUCCCUCCCAAGCCCUCUCCUCUCCAGCUUUCCUCCGGAGUCCGGACUCUUUGCCUCUCCAAUGUUUUUGUUUAUUUGCUCGCUGGGAGGUGGUCAGGUGGGAGUGAAGUGGCUCUUCGGUUCCCGGCUCUUCGAGUCCGUCCCCGGGAGCUCCUUCCCGAGGUCUUCCUGGUCCGUCGCUGACGGUGAGGUUGAGCGCCGCGAGUGGAACCGCGAGCGCGGCGCCGGCUCCGACCGCGACGACAACCCCUGCUCCUCCGCUUUCGUCGAGAGCGGAUUCUUCGCGAAGAAGCUCAAGGGCGCGAGGGAUACCAAGAAGGAUCAGUUUGAAGACGAUCUCGACGAGCCGGAUGACUGCGAGGAUGGCGACGGCAGCGGCGGAGGCGGGGAGGAUGUCAGGGAUGAUGGGGAUAUAGAGGAGAGGGAGAUCAGGUCUUCCAUCGGGAUGGAUCCAACCCUAGAUAACGAGGGUGCACUGCAAUGCUAGAGGGGUUCCUUGAAGUGGAAACCAUUUCAAGGUUGGCGCAGUGGAAGAUCGAGAGCUUCGGUCCCGGCUCCUACCUCCGCUCCGUUGCCUUCAAGCUCAGCAUCUAGAACUGGUUCUUAUCGGUCGAGAAGAAUCGAUACAUGUACAUCCGGAUCUUCCGGAGCCAUGCCAAAUCUCAAGGGAGCAGCAGCAGCACCCCCCCCCCCCCCCCCAUGGCUCGGUUCGUGCUUCGGGUCUCCAAACCCGGGCCUGGCCGCCGGCGCUAUAUCUCACCUUGUACUCUCGCUGCUGCCUUCACUUGAUUUGAUUUUUGGUCAACUAUAUUGUUUUGUUAACCUUAGUAAAUUUUUAUUUGAAUUCCUGCUUUUUUAUUGCAAUUGCUGGAAGAGAAACGUAUUCGUCGGGAUGAAAGGCCGAUGUGGGGCCAGGGCAUUCUUCAUCCACUGUGCUGCCUUGGGGAUUCAUGCCACGACCUGAUGAUGUACAGGGAGACAUUGAUAAUGAACAAGCAACAUUGAUAUAAUUCUAGUAAAGAAAUGAUUUAGAAAUAAAAGAGAUAUUUAUUAUUCAAAAA